AGGCCAUGGGAGGCAGUUGGCAGUUGAAUAUUGAGUUAUUGACUUUCACAAUACGCGGAGAAUCUACAUACAUUCCCUCCUUCCCUUCUUUUCUUUUUCUUUUACCAAUAACACCGUCACCAUGAUCUGCCUCAAUAGAUACAGUCUUCUGGAACCAACUACCACGAGGGUGGUGUUGGGAGUGAGAAAGUUGUUAGCAGUGAUGUCAAGCACAUUGAUGAACGGUGGUGUUGAAGCUGCUGCUGGUAGUGGUGGUGGUGGUGUUAGAGACUUGUAUGGUGAAGACAGAGCCACGGAGGAUCAGCUUAUCACCCCUUGGUCCUUCUCUGUCUCAAGUGGCUGCACUUUGCUGCGCGAUCCGCGCUACAACAAAGGCCUCGCCUUCACCGAGAGAGAAAGAGAUGCUCAUUACCUGCGAGGCCUUUUGCCACCAGCAGUAUUCAAUCAAGAACUUCAGGAGAAGAGGUUGAUGCAUAACCUUCGCCAGUAUGAAGUUCCUCUGCAUAGGUACAUGGCCAUGAUGGAUCUUCAGGAGAGGAAUGAGAGGCUGUUUUACAAGAUUCUGAUUGAUAACGUUGAGGAACUGCUUCCUGUUGUUUACACUCCAACAGUGGGAGAAGCCUGCCAGAAAUAUGGAAGCAUUUUCCGUCGUCCGCAGGGUCUAUACAUCAGCUUGAAAGAGAAAGGUAAGAUCCUUGAAGUACUGAAAAACUGGCCAGAGAAGAACAUUCAAGUUAUUGUUGUCACUGAUGGCGAGCGUAUAUUAGGACUCGGAGAUCUUGGCUGCCAGGGAAUGGGGAUUCCUGUUGGGAAGCUUUCGCUCUAUACUGCAUUGGGAGGGGUUCGCCCUUCAUCAUGCUUGCCUAUAACCAUUGAUGUUGGCACAAACAAUGAGAAGUUGCUGAAUGAUGAGUUUUACAUUGGUCUCAGACAAAAGCGUGCAACUGGGAAGGAAUAUGCUGAGCUUCUAGAUGAGUUCAUGCGCGCUGUUAAGCAGAACUAUGGGGAGAAAGUUCUUAUUCAGUUUGAAGACUUCGCGAAUCAUAAUGCGUUCGAUCUGCUUGCAAAAUACAGUUCAUCUCAUCUUGUUUUCAAUGAUGAUAUUCAGGGUACAGCAUCUGUGGUAUUAGCAGGAUUGCUUGCUUCUUUAAAAUUAGUUAGGGGAACCUUAGCUGAUCAUACCUUCUUAUUUUUGGGUGCUGGAGAGGCUGGAACUGGUAUUGCAGAGUUGAUAGCACUUGAAAUAUCAAAACAGACAAAAGCUCCAGUGGAAGAAACCCGCAAGAAGAUUUGGCUUGUCGACUCCAAGGGUCUUAUUGUUAGCUCUCGCCUCGGAUCGCUUCAGCACUUCAAAAAGCCUUGGGCACAUGAGCAUGAACCUGUAAAGGAGCUUGUUGGUGCUAUCAAGGCAAUCAAGCCAACAGUAUUGAUUGGAUCAUCUGGAGUAGGGAAGACAUUUACCAAAGAAGUGAUUGAAGCCAUGGCAUCAUUGAAUAAGAAACCGCUCAUUCUUGCUCUCUCCAAUCCAACAUCUCAAUCUGAGUGCACUGCUGAAGAAGCUUAUACAUGGAGCAAGGGUCAAGCAAUCUUUGCUAGUGGUAGCCCAUUUGAUCAUGUUGAAUAUGAAGGAAAAGUCUUUGUUCCUGGACAGGCCAACAAUGCUUACAUAUUCCCUGGUUUCGGCUUGGGUUUGAUCAUCUCCGGUGCAAUCCGCGUACGCGAUGAGAUGCUCUUGGCAGCCUCUGAAGCUUUGGCUGCACAAGUGUCACAGGAGAACUAUGAUAAAGGACUGAUUUACCCUCCAUUCUCAAAUAUCAGAAAGAUAUCAGCACAUAUUGCUGCUAAUGUGGCAGCCAAGGCAUAUGAACUUGGUCUUGCUUCUCAUCUACCUCGACCUAAGGAUCUUGUCAAAUAUGCAGAAAGUUGCAUGUACAGCCCAGGCUACAGAAACUACCGUUGAGAUUUUUGAACCAUAUUAUAUCAUGUUUUGUUUAGUUUAGUUUCAAAGGCUACAAACUAUGAUUCAGACCAAAGCUUUUGGCGGCUUCAUGAACUAAACCAAGCAGAACAUAUUAGUAGUGUGCUCUCUGCGGUUUUCCAGUUAUGAGAUACUUGUUAGGAACAGAUUCAUUUUAUUGCUAAGAUAGAUUGUUGUAUAAGGCAUCGCCAUAGGAACUUAAAUUCUUCAACCAGUUGUGAGAGAAGUUUGCUAAUUCUUUCAAAUUGUUACCCUUUGUUAAGGAUUACCAUCUCUAUUAUCUGUAUUACAAUUUAUGCUGAAUGAAGCUUUUUUUUCUUGUUCUUU